AUGGCUCCAGGAGGUAAAUCCGCAGGCGGCAAAGCGAUGAAAAAGUCCGGCAAGGCCCAAAAGAACAUCGCCAAGUCCGAGAAAAAACGCAAGCCCAAGAGGAAAGAAUCGUACGCCAUCUACAUCUACAAAGUGUUGAAGCAAGUACAUCCCGACACCGGUGUUUCGUCAAAGGCGAUGAGCAUCAUGAACAGUUUCGUCAACGAUCUCUUCGAACGCAUCGCUUCCGAAUCCAGUCGUUUAGCUCAUUACAACAAGCGUUCGACCAUCACCAGUCGGGAAAUCCAAACCGCCGUCCGACUAUUAUUGCCCGGCGAGUUGGCCAAACACGCCGUCAGUGAAGGAACCAAAGCCGUCACCAAAUACACGAGCUCCAAAUAA